UCAAGCUUCCAACCAACGAACGAACGGUAUCAACAGGAUCGACACCUGGUCAUACUCAUUAGAGAGGUAGCUUAUGCUUACUUAUCCUACCGUAUUGCCUUCCGCCUUUAGUCCACCAAAAAGUCCAUGAAGGUGACACAACAAAACCUCACAUUACUCCGAUCCUCCCCUUCUUCACGUCGCAUUGCGAACCUCACCACCAAAAGUCCCCGUCACGAAACACCAAAAGUCACUACAUCACCUCUAACACCAAAUAUGGCCACCCGCAUAGCCUGUCGCGCUGCCUUCCGGCGCAACGUUGUGCCCGUCACUCUCGGUCUCACAACCACCUUCGCCCUGGCCGCGCGACAACAGCCUUUGAAGCUAGACGCCUUGUCCAGCUCGCAGCAGUCGCGGUCUCUCCAUUCCCAGAAAGACAACAAGGAGGAGUGGUUGAACCCGGAAACGAUCAAGCAGCUUUCUAGUGGGAGUUUGAGCGGUUUCGCCACCGGUCUCUUGAUCAGUGUCUUUUCCAAGACGCUCGUGCUUUUGGCGGGUGUUGGUAUGGUGAUUGUUCAGGUUGCGUCUCGUUACGGCAUCGACUUGGUAGGCAUGUUGCAUCUUCGCGACAAGGUGAACUCGUCAAAGAUUCUCAAGGCGUUGCAACACAAAAUGGCCUUUAAGCUUGCCUUUGCCAUAACCUUUGCUCUUUCUGCUUUCAUGUCUUUCUAGAUCGAGCAAGGUUCAACGAAGGAGAAAACCAUAUUAACUCUACACAUCAAGAUGCAUCCAUGGCGUAUCACA